AUGUUCAAGUCAUACUCGCACAUCCUAUCCCACAAGCGGAGAAGAAGCAAGAGCAGCGCCGUGCAGAUCCUCUCCGCUGCUCAGUCCGAGCCGAGCUCGCCCACCCAGGCCGUGCCCGAUCCCAUCGAGAUCUGGGCCCACUCCCAGCCCCUCGCCGUCAGUGAGGAGCAGCUGCAGGGCUGCUUCACCACCCUUGUUCCUCGCAUCCACAAGUACGACCAUGUCGCUCAGCGCGGCAGCGACCGCUUCGUCCAGGACUUGACCACUACCCUCGGCCCCGAAGAGGGCAAGGAGCCCGCCAGCUACCUGUCCUGUCCGGUCGGCAACUACGCCAGCUUCCUCUACCCCGAAUGUUUGCCCGAGCGUCUGGAGCUUGUCGCUUACUUGACCGAGCUCGGAAACCUGCAGGAUGCCCAGGGAAAGUCGAACGGACGCACGACCGACAAGCCCGACGAACACGUGGAGUCGCCCCGGGCCGAAGCCAGACGCAAGCUGCUGGAGAAGGCAGUGGCGGAGAUCACCGAGAAGGAAAUUGACGGACACGAGAUCAUCGACAGCUACCGGAGCAACUGGCUGGUGACCCCGGAGGUGCCCACCGCCGACAACUGUGCCAACCUCGACGACUAUGUGGCUCGCAGACGCCUCAACGCCGGCAUUGAGUAA